AUUACACAAGCAAGAUACGACCAGCCCCACCUAAUUUUGUUUCUCUGGCACCCUCCUGCUCAGUGGGACAUCAGUACCCCUAACCCAUCUGCUUUCUCUAAUGCAAGACAGACUCAUUCCAGCCAGAACAGCUGUGAUACUCCAGUUCUUGUCUGUAAACACCUCCUAGACCUGAAGAUUCUCAUUAUUAACACCAAUACCAAAGAAGAUUACAAUGUUGACUUCAGCCAAAAUUCUGUUGAUUUCAAUUUUGUUUAGUUUACUACUAUUUGGAAGCCAUGGAGAAGGAGGUCGAGAAAGAAACACAACAGAAAACAUUGCAGAAGACUUAAAAACAAGGGAAAAUCAAUCUAUUCCUUUGGAAAGUGAAGCAAAUUCAACCUCAGAUAAAGAAAAUAGAGAAACCUCCCAUCCCAAGGCAAGUAAUUUCUCUUUUGGGGAUCCAUCAAAUAAAACCCAUGGAACAGAUUUCUACCAUAACUUGUCAACAGACAACUCUUCCAGUCUCAAACUCAUGCCCACACUUUCCCCAAGCCCUCCCUUGAUCCACAGCUUUGUUUCUAAAUUGCCUUGGAACUCAUCCGUAACAGAUGAAAAUCCUCUGCCAGUCUCAGCACCUCCCAAUACUACAGCUAUUGUAUCUUCCGAAAACUUCACUCGGUCUUCGGUCAAUGAUACCAUGAAAGCUCCUGACAACAGUUCCAUUACAGUUAGCAACCUCCCUUCAGGAUCAAACACUGUAUCUGUGACCCCCAUGAUAAUGGAAACAGAUGGAUGGCCUACCAUGACUGGAGAUAGCUUGGCAGGGUUUACUGCCUAUCAAGAAACAACUUUAUAUCCCACCUUGAAAUUCACCAAUAAUUCAAAAAUCUUUCCAAAUACAUCAGACCCCCAAGAAGAGAACAGAAAUACAGGAGUAGUAUUUGGGGCCAUUUUAGGUGCUAUUCUGGGAGCUUCAUUGCUUAGUCUUGUUGGCUACUUGCUGUGUGGAAAAAGGAAAACAGACUCAUUUUCCCAUCGGCGACUUUAUGACGACAGAAAUGAACCAGACAUUCCUGGAAUAAGAACAUACCUACAUCAUUAUCUUGCUGGAGGAAAGCUCAGUUUUAAAAGACGUGCCAAAUGCUACAAACUUCACAAAAACUUUUCAAAUCUUCUUCUGUUCCUUCUUGCCCCAAGGCACCAACUAGAACUGCUCAUUUUUCUCUUCCAAAUUGCAUCAUAUUUUCCCUUUUCCCCCUCUUCUCUUUUCUUUUCCCUCCCUUCCUCCCUUGUCCUCUCUCUUUUCCUUCCUUGCUUUUUUUCUUUUUAUGGCUCCUUUUAUUUUUCUGAAUUUAGAAAAAAUUCUCCUAGGGCCAUGUUCUCUUAA